UGCGCGGCGGUCGGCCGACGUGUGUUCGUGUCGACGGCCGCGCGCCAUUCCGCCGCCAACCGUCGACAAAUCGCUUCGCGCACAGGAAACCACCAGCUGUUCCGUCGGGACGUAAAAGACACGUUUGACGACCACGACCACGACGACCACGGCGACCACGACGACGAUGUGCGCCGGCUGCAAAGGCGCAGCGGCACUGCUGCUGGUGGCCGCGUUCGCGGUGGCCGCCGCGGACAACAACGCGCGGUGGCCGCGGAGCAGACCGACGCGGGUGUACCGGCCGAACCUGGACCAGGCGCAGUUCAUCGAGCACGUCAUGUUGUACGAGGAACAGUGGACGGACGUGCUGCAGGAAUUGAUCAAGGAGCAGGACGUGCCGCCGAACGUGAAACGCUUGAUCGGCUGGCCGCCGGCCGCCGAGUCGCACGGGAACAAGGAGGACGGCGACGGGAAAUUUCACGACGCCCGCGAGAUCGUGGCCAAGAUGACCACCGAAUGCGGCGACGUCCGGUCGUGCGUCGAGUACGCGGCCAAGGCCGUGCGGCGGGCGCUGUCGUGUUACACGUUCCGGCACGUCCUGUUCCAGGUAAACAGCAUCGCGCUGAUGAUGGUCAAGAACGCCGAACCGAUCGUCGUGCUGACCGCGGCCAACGCGCUCAAGAAGAACGCGGCCGCGUACAUGGACGUGCUGGCCGCCUCGCCCGACGACAACCUGAUCGGCCUGUUGCAAAUCUACUGGGGGGCGGUCGACUUCACGCAGUACGACAACGUGCAGUACUUGAAGGAACGGCCGUACCCGGAACCGUUGGUGAAGGGCGUGAAUUCUUUGUCCGACAAGAUCAGCGAUUACCUUGUCGACGAGUGCGAAUUGCCGGUGUCCCAAGAAGAUUUCUUCCGGCGGGUGGGCAUCCGGAAGAAGACGCCGCUGUUCAAGGAUCCGGAUCUGGACGUGAUCGUGAAGACCGAGAGCCUGAUGGACGUGACCAGCGAACACGUAAAGCGCUUUGGCGAGUACGCCAAGGAGCUGGGAAUCGUCACCUUGCCCGCCCGUCAGUGGUCUGCGUUGUUCUUCGAUAAUGGCAUGUUCCCGACCAAAAGCGACCUGAGAAGGGCCAGCACGAUUGUGAGGGACGAGCUGAAGAUGAAUGAUACCCAUAAAAAGUGGCUGUAAAAGCCGCAACGUCAACCGCAGAGUCUCUGAGAACGCGGACCGAUUACGUCAUGAAGUGUUCACUUAUAAUUGAUAAAAAAUAAGUUUGACUCGUGUAGUAUAAUUUAUUAUUGUUAUUAAUGUAUUUAGAUGUUUUAA